AUGGUGCCAAGCCCGUACGUGCUCCGCCCCACGGCUGAUCGGAACUUCAGAAGCAGCCCUGAUCUGCAUGCGAUAAUCGCGUGUGACUUGAGUACCGUACUGAGUGGUCGCGGAGAAUAUGUUGUGACUGAGGACCUGAAGAAACAGAUUUUUGUAUUUGUGGGGACCGGGUUUUCAGGACCCCGCUGGACAGUCAAUGGUUGCGUACACGAGGUCUACCGCAUGGGACUCAAACCCAUGACCUUUCGUGUACCUGUGGGUGUUGAAUAUUGUGAGGGCAGGCAUGUGCUUUCUGAACAUGGAGAGGUGCACAUUGCAAGAUUUUGCAGCGCGGAAUGCUGGGCAGGGUGCCAGCAUAUAAAUCAAACCGACGAUGACGGCAUUGUGUGGAAGAAGUCGUGUAGCAAAUGCUGCACAGAACCUCUCUGUAAUGAUAUGAACGACAUGUCAGCCGGAGCCGUAACCCCCGUCGUCAGUCUCCUCACCAUGCUUGCUAACUUUGCUUUCAUUCUCUUCACACGAUUCGUUUAGAAAGCAAAAUCAGUUUAUUAAAAACAAAAAAAAUGAAAACACAAUUAUUGAUGUUACUCGAGAAUAAAUGAAAAUCCAUAUGGAUUCUUUAGUAAACACUUUACGAACAUUUCUAAAUAGAUAGGCCUACCAAUCCGAUUUUUUUUUCUUUUCAAAUAAUUUAUGCAAUUGAAUCGAAAUUAAAGUUUAUAUUGAUAAGCUAAUGUAUGGUCAUUAUAUAUGUAUCUUGUUAAAAAAUAUGAAGGCCAAUGCUAAACUUAUUUGUUGUUUCGGAUAUUAAAUCCGUAUGUACCGGAAAGUGAUUUUCUAGCUUUCCUUGGUUUUAUAAAAUAAAGCUUCUUAACUCUUACUUUUUUCUGAAAUAAAACUGUAUCCCUAAACUUAAA